AUGCGCCUUCAGUUGGAAACGGACGAGCUCCCGAUCGAUGCCGCGGAUUUUUGGUUCGCAAAAAACACCCGAGCUUUUCUCACCGCGCAAGCGGAGCAUUUCAACAACCGGAAGUGUGAUUUACCGCUGUAUGAAGUCGACGAAAAGAAAAACGAAGUCCGGUGUAUAAUUCGAACGCAGCCGAACACAUACAUACCGUCGAUUGUGAAACGAGCGCUCGGAUUGAAAAAAGGCCAAAGUUUAGAACUGUACGACGAACUUAAAUUUAGCAAGAAGAGCGAAACGGCCCCGAAAUUAUUCGAGGCGGAAUUAGUGAACACGAAUAACAUAACGAAAGCGUCGAAAGUGGAAGGUAUUAUUCGGUGUAAAUCGGUAGGCGUGAAAGCGUGUAGGAUGUAUGUGGAUUUAACUAUCGACGUGAAGUUAACGGGUGUAGGGAGGUUAGUAGAAUCAAUAAUAGCUAAGGAAGUUCGAACGAUGUACGAAGGGUUUCGACCGCUGGUGGAGAAGUACAUUCAAGCGAGAAGAGAGAGGCAGAUGGAGGCGUCUCUGAGGAACUCAUCUUUGGCGCAAGAAAUGAUGAAAUCGGAAGCGUUGGCGGAGAGAGACGCGGCGCAGUUGAUUCAGAUGAACACCAUACAUAGCGAACAGCAGCAGGCUCCGGGGAGUCCGUCAAGCGAUAGCGCGGAUCCAAAGAAGGACUUCCAAGAUGAAACGUUUUCAAACGAGUAUUCGACGCUAAACGAUGAUUUCGAAUUCAUGAGCGUGAACUCAGAUUUAACCGAUUUGCAAAUUUUAGAGUCGCGAUGGAAACGCUUGGAAGCGUUCGAGACGGAAACGAGACAAGAACAGGAUUUAACAGGGUUUGAGAGUCGAAAUAAGUGUUUACCUUCGUGUUUUUCGUGUUUUUCGAACAGAAGGAAGAGGAAGAAGAGAGCGCUAUUGGUAGACUCGUCCACGUAUGUCGAGAUGGAACUUUGA